AUGAACAGACACACUCCUGACACCACAGAAACCCAGGGCCACACUCAGCAGGCUCCCCUCAACAGCCUACUUGACCAUCUCAUCUCAAUCAGCUCACAGCUCAUUGACUCAUCAACAAACGCACUCGCAUCGACCAUCAACUCCAGAGAAUGUCUCUCGACCCUCUCCAAGAUUGAAAACGUACUUGACCGCUUGAUCAGGAUCCGGCAACAAGACCUCACCCGGAAACUGAACUCAAUCGAAUCACAGCAGCUCAAACUGGACAAGAUUCAAGACCAACUACACUCGCUCUGCCAAGCCUCAAACCUAGCCCAUCACUCAAACUCAAACCGCUCCUCAUUGAUCCAGAGCCAUCAUCAAACCACCAGCCAACGCCAGAGAGCACCGCAUUCCAACCAACCAACUCCUCUUGCCAUCAGUCCCCUCGGUCCGCUCAGACCAUUCCUCCAUCCUACUUGA